AUGACUCGGGCCGAGAGGCUCUCCAGGCAACGAGCCACUUUGGCUGCGAGGCGUUAUCCAACAUUAAUUGCCCCGCGCGCGAUCAAAUCAGUAUCGACCUUGGCACAGCCUACGACCUUGUUGAAGCAAUGGAUCUCAAAAAGCAACAGGGCUACCUACGCUGCAGGUGGCACAGUUGCAUUACUCGGAAUGCUGUUACUGAAGCCAAAUAGAAGCCGAUAUCCUGAUAAUCCGCAAGAUGUUGAAGCCCUCCACAAAGUCCCAUUUAGUAAGCUAUUUUCGGGCUGGAUCGCGUUUGCAUUCUGUUCUUCGCCAACCUGGGUCGAUAUGAGCGAGACACUCUAUAAUAUCGUGUCAAAGAUUCCCAUCCUCUCUUCGACUACGCACAAAUUUGUCAUGAAGACAUUCUUCAACCAGUUCCUAGGUGGAGAAAAAACUGAGGACUGCAUGCCAAAGAUCCAAUACCUUCGCGAGAAUCAAAUCGGCACGCUCCUCGGAUAUAACAUCGAGGCUGAGUUGGAUGGUUCAAGCAAGGACCCCACUUUGAUCCUUAAGCAGACACAGCUUGUCCUGGAAUCUAUUGAUGCUCAGGGAAAAUUGGCCAAGAAGUACUGUCCUGAUGCUAGUGCGUAUAGCGGCGAUAACCGGUGCUGGGUCCGAAUCAAGAUCACUGGCUUGUUGCCUCAUCCUAUUGCCCUGUACAAUGGAUCCAAUGCUAUACUUAAGGCAAGGGAGGAAAGGGGAUUGGAUAUGGAUGUGCCUUACCCAGGACUACCUCACGAUGGCGAUUGGGAGGCCGCACUGAAUGGAAGAGAGGUUACUGAGUCGGACCGCGAACAAUUGUUGAGCUUACGCGCUACCAUGGAGGCUAUUGCUAGCAAAGCACGAGAUAACAACGUCAGAAUUGUUAUCGAUGCUGAGCAGUCAUGGUACCAGCCCGUCAUCGAUAGUCUCACCGACGAGCUCAUGCAAAAGUACAACACCUUGGACGGCCCGGCCACUUGCAUCGCCUCAUUCCAAGCCUACGUCCGCCGAUACCCCCAGCUCCUCAACCAGCAGAUAGCCCGUGCUAAAGAGCGUGGCUACAAACUGCUAUUCAAACAGAUCCGAGGCGCCUACAUGGUAACAGAGGCUGAGCGGUGGAAGGCAGAUGGUAAAGAAGGACCCGGCCCCGUAUGGCCAACCAAGGAAGAGACCGAUUCAAGCUUCAACUAUGGUAUCGAGAAGACCCUGGCUACCGUUGCUCAACAGGUGCGAGAAACGGGCCAUUCCAAGCUCAGCGCCGUUUUCGCUACCCACAACUCCAUCAGCGUCGAUCUCGGGCUAAACCUACUACAGAGGCAUGGAUUGGCUCGGCGAAACGACGAAAACGGAAAACUAGUGGUUUCCAAAGAAAUAGCCGGCAGUAUCGCAUUUGCCCAGUUGUACGGCAAGUUGCCAUUUAUGCGAAGCCGAAUGAAGGAUGACCUCACCAACAAGAUUAUUGGUUCAAUAGAAGCGGAAGGAGGCUUCCCACUUGUGGUCAAGUCAAUGAGCUACGGCGACUUGAAGGAGUGUCUGCCUUUCCUGGCUAGACGAGCCAUAGAAAAUAAGGCUGUCCUUGAGGGACGAGGUGGAGCUGCUGCCGAGAGAGUUCGACUCGGUCUUGGAGUUUUGUUAGUUACCUAA